GCGAGCGGACUCAAGUAGAGUGUGAUAAGUAUAAGAAAUAUCGGCUUGUGCAAUUGCCUCACCUGACAUUGAAGAAUGAAGAUUUUUAUAGCACGCGUUGUACGUUUUGCCCAACUAAGCUUGCCGAGUGCUGUAGAAAUCGAGUUCUGCUUCCAGAUUUUUCCGCAAAAAAUUGCAUGUGCUCUUCAAAGAAUAUGAGAUUGCGUUUCUAAUGACGCACUAUUUUUAAAUUUAAGUCGACCCAAUGUUGAGAAAAUAAGCCAUGUUUUUUCAGUGUGUUUUUUUUUGGAAAAUGUUUAAAGUUUUGCACGGGUUGCACAAAAUACAACAUCGCCACUACAAAAGUGUAAUAAAUCUAAAUAUUUGGCAAACUUCUCACACAAAACCUUCAGUUUAUUAUUCUGAAAAAGCAAUUUUAUCAAACUAUUCCUCGGUCUAAGAAUUGAAAAAAAAAAAAAUAACAUAACUAUGAAGAUUUAACUGAAGCUCUUAGUGUUAAUAUGAACCAAAUUAAAUUACUGCUUCGUAGUUGUAUAAGAAGUGUAGUGAGAGUUUGAAAAAUGUACUGGGUAACCCUCAUUUUUUUUCUGCUCUAGGGGAGGGAGUUUCGAGCACCAAAUUCCUCUUCCCUGGUUGCGCCACUGAUCUAUCAAGUAGGUUCGUAAAAAACGCAUUUUCACCGGUGAAUCAACAUUAAAAUUUUGUGCUUCACCGCUCAUUAUGCGUAAUUCAUGAUUUAUGUUUCAAGGAUUUUGGCUUCUAUCCUCAAACAUGUUCUAUCGCCUUCUAUCGCCUGAAACCUGUUUGUACUCAUAAAUAGUCUUGAAUGAUAAAUAUGUUUGUCAAGUGACCAGUUCAGCUGAUAUGCUCAGUAGUCGAAUAUUAUCUUCAGAAGACGACAGCGAUCUGCUUUAGAUAAUUUCAUGAAACGAUAGUUUGACUGACUCAGUCUUAGCAACAUACUAAAGGUUUACACAUCACUGAUCGAAUGGCUCGUCUAAGUUUUGUACUUUUGGUCCUUUUAUUCUUGACCUAUAUGACGGUCAUCGCUGAGAAGCCUCUUUUUCCGUUAUCAAUAAUUCACGUCAACGACAUCCACGCCCGAUUCGAGGAAACCAAUUAUGUGGGAACAGUUUGCAAGCCACACGAGGGCCAGGUUUGCAUUGGCGGAUAUGCUCGAACCGUUACCGUUGUGAAGCAUUUAUUGAGGAUUCGUCAGAAUCCGUUGUAUCUAAAUGCUGGAGACAACUUCCAAGGAACGCUGUGGUACAACAUGUUUCGCUGGAAUGUGACGUCCACGUUUUUGAAUAUGCUACCGGCAGAUGCAAUGACUCUCGGGAACCAUGAGUUCGACAACGGAGUUGAUGGCGUUAUCCCAUUCCUCGAUACAGUCAGCUCGCCAGUGCUAUUGUGUAACGUUGAUGCAAGUGAAGAACCAGAGUUUGUCAAGUACGAAAAAUCGAUAGUUAUUGAACGUGCCGGCAGGAAAAUCGGGAUCAUAGGGGUCAUAUUAAAGAACACUUCUGUAAUAUCAAAUCCAGGCAAGUUACGAUUUCUUGAUGAAGCCUCAAGUGUAAAAUCCGAAGCCCAUAUAUUGAAGGAUCAAGGGAUUGAUAUUAUUGUGGUGUUGUCACAUUGUGGAGUAGAUGUGGAUAGGAGGAUCGCUACUGAGGGCGGUGAACAUGUCGAUAUCAUUGUUGGGGGCCAUUCGCACACGUUUUUGUACAGUGGUAACAAUACCGGAAUCCCUGGAACUGUGCAAGGAUCGUAUCCAAUUGUUGUUACUCAUGCAAGUGGACACAAAGUGUUAAUCGUUCAAGCUGCGGCUUACACGAAAUUAGUUGGCGAUAUUGUGCUCUACUUCGAUGAGCAGGGAAUCAUCCAGAGAUGGGAGGGUAAUCCACAUUACCUUGAUCCCGAAGUUGUUCCAGACCCUGAAGUCCAUAAAGCGUUGCUUCCGUGGAAACUUGCGGUGGAUGAACUUGGAAACCGUAUCAUUGGAACUACCAUGACAGGUCUGCCUCGGCUAAAUUGCAACUACAGAGAAUGUGCAUUGGGAAAUUUAAUAUCCGAUGCUUUUGUGGACUCCAGUGCCUAUAUGGCAGAGCCCGGUCAUUGGUCGUACGCAUCGAUUGGUCUAACAAACACCGGUGGUAUUCGCGUUGGUUUAUCCAAAGGGGAUAUCUCAUACAAGAGCCUGAUUGAAGUGAUACCGUUCGAGAAUACAGUCGAUUUUAUUGAGCUGCGAGGUGAUCACUUACUACGGGUAUUGGAGCAUGGUACAGCCAAAUCAAACAUCCAGAUCUCAGGUCUUCGAGUGGUGUACAAUAUGACAGAACCGUAUGGCAAUCGGGUGAAAUCAGUCCAAGCUCGUUGUCACGAUUGCUCAGAGCCCCGUUUCGAUCCGUUGGAUCCGUUUAAGUAUUACCGAGUGGCAGUCAAUUCCCACAUGGCCGGUGGCGGUGGAGGAUUCACCAUGUUUGAAGAGUUUGGCCGAAACAAGGUGGUUGGCGACGUGGAAAUCAACGCCCUUGUGAGAUUCGUUCAAAAACGUUCCCCUCUGCGGUAUGAAGUGGAAGGAAGAGUUACUGUUUUGAAUUGAACUGGGAAAUUCCCGGUGAAAGACCACUUGACCUGUGGAAUUUGUUAUCUGUUUGAAUGGGCAAUCGUUGAUUAUCAGGGGAACAUACGUGAACUGCACAAAAACAUCUCAUUGAGUGUCAAAUGUUGCAAGACAUUUAUUGUGCCAAAUAAAGUUAAGCUUUUACUAGACCAGCGUCACAAGACAAUGAUAGAUUUAUUGCACUUCAAAAAUGGCUUUAUUGGUUUUGAUAAGACUACGCGUUGAGUCGUAUCUGGGAUGGUCGACGCGGGGGUUCGUGUCUGGAAUUGAGACUUUUGAUUGGAUUGUGUUUUGGUAGCGGAUGUGCGGUUUUGUUUUGAUAUUCUACGGAACCAUUACUGGAGGUCAAUCAGCUUGAAAACUGAUGAGCAAUAUUUAUGCUAAUGAUAUACCCAAGUAGUGCACAAUGUUUGGAGAGAAAUAAUGUUUGGCCUUAACUAGUUUUAUCGCUUCAAUAUAAGAAAAA